AUGUCCAAAGAAAUCGAUGUAAUUUCGGCUCAAAUUGUUAGUUUUGACGUCAACAGAUUGGAAAAAGAAUGUUCAAGUGAUCAAAGUAGCGACUAUGGUGUUGAUUCCAGAGAAAUAAAGUCUUGUAUUGAUCCAGGUGAUUUAAAUUCUACAAUACCUACCGUGUCGUUAGAUUCCGAGGUAUCAGCUCACAUACAUCAGGAAAAAUCUAGUUGUGUUCAUGAAGAGAAUCACAAUGGAGAGACUUCAAGAGAUGAAAGUUCUGCUAUUCCUGUUUCUAUAUCUCAGACUGAUAAGGUCAAUAUCGAUAAGAUUUCAUUUCACAAUGAAACCACCAUCAAUGAAAUUAUUUCUGGGAAUGAAAAGUCUAAUAGAGACCGUGAAAGUUGUAUUAAUAGCAAUAUUUCAGAUGCCAAUAUUGAGGAUAUUCCUUACAGUUUAGUAAACAAAGAACAUUUAAAUAUUAGUGUUUCAGUUCCUAAGAAUAUGCAAUCAGAAUUAGAUAAAAUCAGCAGUAGAAACUUGACAACUUCAACAGUAAGCUUGAAUGAACCAGCUGUAUGCUUAGACAAUAGUAUUAUAUGUAAAUCUCCUUACAGCAGAAGUGCUGAAAAUAUAUGUAGCUUAGAAGAAACACAGAACAUAACUAAUAGUAGUUUAAAUUCUAGUGAUAAAAGAUUAAACACUGCAGAGAUACUCUCUGAAUUCUCAAACCAAAAAACUAAAGCUAGUGCUACUCAAAAAAGUAUUCCUGACAAUCAAACAAUAAAUCAUGAUACAAAACAAAGUAGGUUACCUAAAGAAAUUUUAUCUCAAGAUCUAGGUAGUAUUGUUAAGAAUGUCCAUGGUAUGUUCUGGUCAGUCAGUGGGAAUCUCAAGAAUGCAUACACACAAAGAGUUUCUACACAAAAGGCUCCAAUUAAAAACCUUAAGCCAAUUAUCAAUGGUAAAGUAAUGAAUGAUAUCUUUGAAGAUGCAUCAAGUGAUAAACAAUAUACCAUCUCAGCUGGUGAAAAUAAGAUAAUUGGUGAGGAAUUAAAACAAAAUAGCAGUGCUGAUCUGAAAUUGACAGAUGAUAAAGAGGAAGGUGAAAAUGACACAAAGAAAGAUGUGCUCAAUCAACAGCUACAUUCAUUGGAGAGAAUGCUAUCUCAGCAGAGGCAGGAGAAUGUAAUAUUGCGGGAGAGAGUGAAGCAGCAGGUAGAUGAGUUGCACAUUAAAGAUCAGACAUGCAAGGAACUAGAGGCUAAGUUGGAUUAUAUGAGCAAACGAGUAGAACAGGCGCAAAAAGAUGCAGACGCUGCAGUAAUGAGAUAUGCUGGUGCUGAAUGUGCUGCGAUAGAAGGAAGGAAAGCUGCCGACUCUGCAAAACGGUUGCAGCAAGCUGCGGUGGCUGAGUGUGAGUUGCUGUCCGGAAAGUUGAAGUCAGCUCAUGCCGAGAAACAGAGGAUAUGUCAGCUGUAUGAUGACAAGUGCCAUGAAUUGCAGAAUAGUGAACGAGAGACCGCGAAGUUACGAGAAGAUCUAAAAGAAUUGGAGGGACGAUUAAAAUGGACGCAGAGUAAACUACGCAUGGAAAUGGAUGCUUAUAAGGAAAGUUCUGAACGUGCGGAGAAAUUGGCGCAUCAAGUAACUGAACUGGAAGCAGCGAAGGAAGCUGCGGCAGCUGGUGUCUGCGAUUCUGCGAGGGCGAAGGUUUUAGAAGCAGAACUGAAGGAAAGUCAGGCGGCGUUAAUCCUCUGCCGUCACGAGCGGGACGAACUGGAGAGGCGGCUGACCUCCGUUACACAGCAGUUGGACACUUGCAGGAGAGAGCGAGACGAGGCUAGUGCCGCUCUCUCUAGCGCCAAUGAAGAAGUGGAAAGAUUGAAGGCACACAACCUCCGUCUGGAAGAGGAGGCUGCUGAACUGGCGGCACUGAGAGCACAGGCCGCGUUGGCGGAUACGCUCAGCUCGCAGCUGCAAAGGGAGACGGAACGCGCGUCCCAAGCUGAAGAGGCGCUGAGCAAAGAGCGAGCGCGAGCGGAGACGUGCGCGCGGCGCGAGGCGGCCGCGCUCGAACACGCCGCGCGCCUCACCGCGCAGCACGUCGCGACGCGCGCGCUCGCCGCCGACCACGAGGCCAAAGCCCAAGCGCUGUCGGCUGACAAUGUAUCACUACGCGAGCGGGUAACUUUAAUGGAGGCCGAGGCCGAGAAGCUGCGAAGUGCGUUAGCCGAGGAGGCCGAACGCCGACAAAGGGAGAACCGAGUACUGGCGAGGAAGGUGGCUGAGUUGACUGAAGAGGUGGCGGAAGCAAACAAACGGUUGGAGUGGGAAAAGGGAGAGAAUUGCGUACUUAAGAAGAAGCACGCUAGUGCCAUAAAGGAACUAAAUCGGGAGCUGCAACGCGCUCUUAAGCGCAGCGAGCAGCUCGAAGCCAAGCUGCAGACAAAUGAUGCCACGUCGACCAGAACAGGUUCCGUGACGUCUCUAAGCAGCGGUGAGGGCACACACAGUGAUGAAAGAAGUCAACAAAAUCACCAAAAUGGCUUACCUGACACAGUCCCUGAUGUCCAGUCGCGCGAACCGGAGCGCCAGGCACUGAUCGAGCGGAUCGUGUCGCUGCAGCGAGCGGCGGCGCGGCGCGCCGAGCGCUGCGAGUUCCUGGAGGAGCACGCGCGCCAGCUGACGGGCGAGCUGCGCGCCAAGUCGCGCCUGCUGCGCCACCUGCUCGCCGCGCAGCCCGCCGCCGCGCUGGCCUCGCCGCGCUCCGACCAGCACAAGGUGAGCGAGAGCUUCACUCCUGGAGCAGCACGCGCGCCAGCUGACGGGCGAGCUGCGCGCCAAGUCGCGCCUGCUGCGCCACCUGCUCGCCGCGCAGCCCGCCGCCGCGCUGGCCUCUCCGCGCUCCGACCAGCACAAGGUGAGCGAGAGCUUCACUCCUGGAGCAGCUCGCGCGCCAACUGA